CUAUAACUCAUGUUGCAUGUUUUUUGUAAAGGGAUGUGAUGCAUCAAUUCUAAUCGAAGGAAAUUCGACUGAGAGAACCGCAGGUCCUAAUCUCAGUGUAAGAGGAUAUGAGUUUAUUGAGGCAUUGAAGGUUGUUCUCGAACAAGAUUGCCCUGGCAUUGUAUCUUGCGCUGAUAUCAUUGUCCUAGCUACUAAAGUUGCUAUAAAACUGGGAGGAGGACCAGAUUAUCCUGUACAAACUGGAAGAAGGGAUGGACUUGUCUCGAAAGCCGACGAUGUUGAUCUUCCUAGUCCUACAUUGACAGUGUCACAAAUCAUUGCCGUUUUCAAAGCUAAAAAUUUUACAGCUGAAGAGAUGGUUGUUCUUUUAGGUUGUCACGCUGUUGGGAUUGCACAUUGUUCGUUCUUCCAAGAUCGCCUCUACCUAGACACAAACGAAUUCGACUCGAACAUGGACCCUGACCUUCGUGAACAAUUGAAGAUAACAUGCCCUCAUGGCACAAUAUCAAACAACUUCACUCUUUUAAACCAAAAUCCGAUGAAUUCAAGCCAACUUGACAACUCUUUCUACACUCAGAUCUUGGAACAAAGAGGAAUACUCCCAAUAGACCAAGCAUUGGCUCGUGAUCCUUUAACACAUGCUACAGUUCUAAGGCUAUCCCUUAAUGCCACUUUAUUCAAUGUUACACUUGGAAAUGCCAUGGUAAAACUACAAGCAGUUGAUGUUCUUACGGCUGAUCAAGGAGAAAUCAGAAAUGUUUGUAGUAAAUUCAACUGAAAUUAGUCAUGCUCAUUGCAAUUUACCCACACUAUAUUUCCUUCGUUUGUUAAUUUCAGAUUUGUAGUUAUAUUA